AUGCGUCAAUUAUUAACUUUCUUGUGCUUUGAAUCCUUACUUGCUUUAACAUGCUUCCUUUUUGUUUACUUCAGUGGUAGAAUAAGAGCGUUGGAGAGGAAUAAGCUCACAAAGAAGACUUUAGAACUGGCACAGCAGUACUUCUUGCCCCCGUACGCUUUCCAGAUCCGAGUUGGUGCUCUGUACCUUUUGUAUGGGCUCUAUAAUAUACAGCUUUGCCAGCCAAAACAAAAGAUCAGAAUUGCACUGAAGGAUUGGCCUGAAAUCCAGAGAUUUCAGCAGGAUCUGAUAGACUCCCAGCAUUAUGAUGCAGCAUACAUCUUUAGGACGCUGCGACUUGCCAGAGCAUUCCAUUUCACAGCAAUGCCAAAACUACUAAACUACAGAACUAAGAAGAAGAUUCAGGAAAACGAAUUUAAAGAGGAAUUUAAGGACCCAACUAACAGAGUAAACAGCCUCAUCACUAAUGACGUAUUGGAGGAACUGAUGAAUAUUCAUGACCACUAUCAGAAAAUGAAGUGUGUCAUUUCAGCUGACAAAUCUCAGCCAGACAAGGCCCUGAGCUUGAUAAAAGAUGAAUUUGUAGUUACUCUUAAAGACAUAACCUUGGAACAUCAGGAAUGGCAGCAGAACAGAAUGAAAUUAUUCCUAAAUGCUAAAGAAACUGAUGAAAUACCAAACGAAAAGGAAGAAGGGACUUUUGUAGAAUCAGAGGGUUCUGAAAGAGCAAAUGCAUUGGCUAGAAUCAAAUACAAGUCUUACUCUGCAGUUGUUGAGGCUUCCAAAUCCAGACGACAUCGUCAAGUAAAAUUAGAAUCUUCUGAAUCAGGAUCGAAUUACGAGAAAUCUCCAAACCAAAGUAAAAAAAACAGUAGGAGACCACAGCCAGGAAGGAGGAAAGAUUCUUUGGAAACCAGAGGUGAAACGCAAGUGACAAAGGAAACUGUUACUCAGCAUAUUGGGAUGCCUAUAAUCACAGAAGAAGAUAACUCAGAUGAAGAAGAAGUAUCUCUCCCCAAGAGGAAAAGAAGAUGUUAG